UAGGGAAGUUAGGCUAUAGUUAGUGCAAUUACUACCAAAGACAGUCAUAGUGGCUUCUCUGGAGCGAGAAAAACAGAGAUAUAGAAAGAGGGAGAGAGAGAAAGAAAGAGGUAGAGACUUGCCAGAGAGCGAAUGAAACAAGAGACAGGGAAAGAGGGAGGGAGAAGGAGCACAUCAGCGCGGCAGCAGCAUCAGGGGCAUAUUCAUUAGUCCAAACAAAAACGAGAGUUCAUAUUGGAAAAAUGCAGAUGGCGUGCCAGGGCCUUGCGAGCGGCGAGACUCUUAAGUCGCUGAAGGCGGAGAGCGAGACGUUGAGGAAGAAGCUCGAGGAGGAGCGGAAGAAGCUGCAUGAUGUGGAGUUGGAGAAGGUAGCUGAGAAGGCAGAAGCUCUUGGUGAGUUAAACAUGAAGACUCGGAGGACACUGAAGGGCCAUGGCAACAAGGUGCUCUGUAUGGACUGGUGCAAAGACAAACGACGCAUUGUCAGCUCCUCACAGGAUGGGAAAGUCAUCGUAUGGGAUGCUUUCACCACCAAUAAGGAACACGCAGUGACCAUGCCGACUACGUGGGUGAUGGCAUGUGCCUACGCCCCCUCUGGCUGUGCCAUCGCCUGUGGGGGAUUGGAUAAUAAGUGCUCAGUGUACCCUCUCUCAUUGGACAAGGACGAGAACUUGGCGGCCAAGAAGAAGUCGGUUGCCAUGCACACCAACUACCUGUCCGGCUGCACCUUCACCAACUCUGACAUGCAAAUCUUGACAUCCAGUGGGGACGGUACCAGUGCGCUGUGGGACGUGGAGAGUGGUCAGCUGCUGCAGAGUUUCCACGGUCACUCUGCUGAUGUCCUCACUCUGGACCGCCCCUCUGAGACUGGAAACACCUUUGUCUCCGGGGGUUCUGAUAAGAAGGCUAACGUUUGGGACUUGCGCUCAGGGCAGAACGUCCAGUCGUUUGAUACCCACGACUCUGACAUCAACUGUGUCAAGUACUACCCCAGUGGCGAUGCUUUUGCCUCUGCUUCUGACGACUCUACCUGCCGUCUGUUUGAUCUCAGGGCUGAUCGGGAGGUGUCCAUCUACUCCAAAGACAGCAUAAUGUUUGGAGCUGCCAGUGUCGACUUCUCUCUUAGUGGUCGUCUGUUGUUUGCUGGCUAUAAUGACUACACCAUCAAUGUGUGGGACGUCCUGAAGGGGACCAGAGUAGCCAUCCUGUUUGGUCAUGAGAACAGAGUCAGCUCACUCAGAGUCUCUCCUGAUGGCACUGCUUUCU